CACAGGGUGAGGUUCAAGGAUGUGCACGAAGGCCCUGGGCACUUCCUUGUCCUCUCCACAGUGACAAGCUCCUUGGAAGUCCAGGGCACGUUGGUGAUAGGCUCUGGGUGUGGCUGUGCCGGCAGAUUUGGAUGCCUGCAGCAGCCAUGGGGCUACAUGGAAGAACCCAGCACCAGUGGGAAAAGAUAUGCCCUUGCUGGAUCCCUGGUGGAAGGAGACCACCUGGGGAGGUGGCAUCACCUCCUGGCUGCUCAGCAGGAUGUGGCAUGGCCUCACUACGCUGUCCCUGAGGAUGUGCCUGGCAGAACACAUCCUGGCCCACCCUGAGUAUGUGUCCAGAGUUGCUCCUGGGAGACAUCACCGGGGCCAACCGGCUGCCUGCGAGAAGGAGACGGGUGAAAGCCACUCUGUGCACCGUGAUGAUUUGCCAUCUGCUUCCAGGGCAAGCUCCAGAUGCUGGAUUUAAUCUUCCAUAGCCUUUUUAAUUCAGGAGUUGGCUUCUUAACAUCCCUCAGUGCCACCUCGGCAGCAGAGACAAGCAGAGUGGCUGCCACGACUGGCCCUUCGAAGGAUGUUCUGGAGCACAAGAGAUGAACUAUGUCUGUGUGAGUUGCCCAUCUGGCAACCUGUCAUACCUCGACCCGUCAUACCUCUGGCUCUUCAACCCACCCAGGGGGAGCCUGAGCAUUCACAGCACUUCCCAAACCUCCCCCGGGCCUGGGUGUCCUCUCUAGAUGUCUGGAGAAAAGAGCUGUGUGGUGUGUCCCAGAGCCGCAGAGUAUGUCUGUGCACUGAGAGCACCCUGAGUCCUCCGCAGCCGGAGCAGGAGGAGACGCCCCGUUGAUGCGCGGCCCCGUCUGAGCGUCCCCGGUGGCUGGCGGGCCGGUGCUACCAGAAGGGCUUUGGGGGUCUUUUGCUUUGGCAUUGGGGUGGGGUUUUUUUUUUGUUUGUUUUCUUGGCUUUUUUUUUUUUUUUUUUUUUUUUUUUAAAUUUUGGGGUUGGUUUGGUUGUUGUGUUCCGGGCACCAUGUCAAAUUCGGGCUCCCAUCAAGACACUGGGAACAAGCCAGAGACGGAAAAAAACAAUCAAGAUGACUCUCAACCCCCUGUCAACUCCGAGAGGAGGAACAAAAGUGGAAUAAUAAGUGAACCUUUGAACAAAAGUCUUAAGAAGUCCCGUCCACUCUCCCACUAUUCCACCUUUGGUAGCAGCAGCUCGGUAAGCGAACAUUCAGAGAAAGGCAACCCCUUAGCUAAUGGCAACGAUGCGACUGUGGAUAAAAGUCAUUCUACCUCAAAGCACAAAAACAUCUCUAGUAUGCUGAGCAAAUUAGACCGGAUGUCGGAGCUCUCCUCAGAAGGACAGACCGCCCUCCAACAGUUUGCUCAGUCAACAGAAAUGCUCAAAAGAGUGGUACAGGAGCAUCUUCCUCUAACAAGCGAGCACGGGACUGGUAUCUCUGACAUGGAGGCAGUCUCAGCUGCAGAGACAAUGAACGGCCCCUCUGAUUUUCCUUACCUGGGGGCUUUUCCCAUCAACCCAGGCCUUUUCAUUAUGACCCCUGCCGGCGUGUUUCUGGCAGAGAGCGCGCUCCAUAUGGCUGGCUUGGCAGAGUAUCCCAUGCAGAAUGAGUUGGCAUCUGCCAUCAAUUCGGGGAAAAAGAAACGGAAAAGAUGCGGCAUGUGCCCGCCCUGCCGAAGACGGAUAAACUGCGAGCAGUGCAGCAGUUGUAGGAAUCGCAAAACUGGCCACCAGAUUUGCAAAUUCCGAAAAUGUGAAGAACUCAAAAAGAAGCCUUCUGCAGCACUGGAGAAGGUGAUGCUUCCUACAGGAGCCGCGUUCAGAUGGUUCCAGUAGGAACGGGAAUCCCAAAGCUCUGUCAUCCAAGUGCAAUGUCACUGCUUGCUUGUGUUGUCUCAGGCAAGGGAUUUUUGGCUGAAAUGAAUGGAUGCACCUGUGUCUCUUUAGAACCAAAAAUAUUUUCUCGCAAAUCUCAUUCCUGUUUUUAUAAUUUUUUCUUUUUUCUUUUUUUUUUUUUGCGUUCGUUUUAACAUCUUCGAGUCCUAGUCAGACAUUUAACUGCUUUUCAAAUAAAAAACAAAAAAAUAAUUAAAAGAAAAAAACAAUGGAUCUGUAAAGUACCAAGACUUAAUAGACAGAGUAUGGACAAUCAGUUUCUUUCUGUGUUUUGGUGUUGAUGUUGUUUAUGUGUGAAAGAUGCAGUACUUGUGUAGGGAAUGUAAAUUUACAGUAACCUUUUAAAAUCUAGUUACUAAUAAGCACUACUGUAAUUUAGCACAGUUGUUUAAUUGCACCCUCAUUUAUACUUUUUAUUUGAUUCUUUCCCAUCAUACAAUAGAGUGGAUAGUUUCUAGAAUGCCUCAACUUCAUGUUUAUAAAUGAGAAUAUGUUUAAAGCGAUGUAGUAUCCCUUCUCCUCACCAUUCACCUCUGGAAGUUUAGCCCACAAGAGGGUCAGUAUAUAAAAGGUGGAAGAAAACAAUUGCUACACAACUGGCGGAAUUCAAAAAAAAGGAAAAAAAAAGAGUAAAAAAAAGGCAAAAAAAAGAGAGUCGUUGUUAGUUUAUUAAUAUAGAACAAGAAAUGCUGCGUACACAAAAUCCUCCUAAUUGCAAUGGUUUACUCCUAUAAGUAAUUUUUGUAAACUUACAGAAGUUAAAAUCAAAAUAAAACAAAUAUUGCAGGACCUGUGCUGAAGCAGUUACGCAAAGUGAUAUUUCUCUUCUGUUCACCCCCCGUCUCUCCAGCUCUCUCUCCAUCAUUAAAUUGAAAUGCUGUUUGUAAUGUUUUAGCGAUCCAGGCUGUUUUUGUGAAUAAAAUGAAUGCAUGUUUUGUGUCAUGAUUUCCAGCUUGGUCAUUUC